AUGAAUGUGUACACGACAGCUUUACCCCCACACAAUAAGACAUGUAUGGAUAUGUGCGAGCGAAUCAGCAAAGGCACUGCUGGUUUCUUUGGUGUCGGGGCAAACUGUGAUGAAGAUCAGAAGAAAUGGCAGCAAAGGAGGUGUCGCGGGAGGAGUUUCCGGCGUUUCAAAAAAGAUGUCGUGGAGGAUAUUCAGACAAGGAGGAUGGAGCAAGAGCUGGAAGGAAUUCCGCAGAUUGUUGAUCCUUUGGCUCGGGGACGUGCUUUUAGAUUCCCGCCUGGUAGUGACGAAGUUGAUGCACCGAGGCAGUUGCGGCCGACGCUUAGUACUGCUACAGCUACGAGUAGUAUUGUCAGGAGGCAGGUGACACGGGCACAACAACGUGGUAAGAGGGAGUCUGUAGCCAAGCUAGGAUGGAAAACCCUGGGAACUGUGGUCGGCAAGAUGACGGGGGCGCCACGACGGGGAACCAUUUCUCAGAGUACCCAUACUCAACGAAAACCACCAGGUCUACAUAGUCGAAGUUUUGCACCUUCAACUCUCAUUGACGAAGAUAGUGAUUUUGAUGACGAACUUGACACCUCGUUCUUCACAGGACAUGUGCUUUCCCCAUCCUCCGAGUCACUGUAUGACGAGGUGUUCUUUGAUUUCUCACCAAAGACACCGAGACGGGCUAUGCCGACCAUCGAAGAAAAGGCAUUGGAGAGUGAGAUGACUGCCUCAUCUCACUUUCAAAAAACACUAGAGAAACCAGAGAAGCCAGGCUUGGAUGAGAUAGAUGCCACAGCUCAACCGCCGCCUGCGUAUGAUGAAGUUAUUCGACCAAAGGAAGUGGAAUAUCUGCAGAUGGUACCGACUGGAUUUGGUUGGAAGAAGAAAGCCGCAGACAAGCGUUUUGAGGUAGCCCCUACAGCACCAGAAAAGCCAAUACGACGUAACAAGAUUGACUUGGAUAAAAUAUUGGAUGCUGCGUUUGACAACUCAGACCGACAUGAGUUUGGUAAGGGAUUGGUUGGAGAGUGGUUACACACAAGUUAUAAAACGCAGCGAAUGGAUACAAUGGUGGAGGAGCAGUUGGAGAAAUUAGAGGCUGAUCAUAGACCUUACUUUACUUACUGGAUAACUUUUGUACACGUACUGAUAACAAUUAUGGCUAUUGGAGUGUAUGGUUUUGCACCAGUAGGAUUUACAUUGAGAGAGCAGAGCGAUUUGAUUCUGAUGUCAAAUUUAGCUGUCGAAAGCGUUGGUUUCUAUGAACCAGAGAAUUUUUGGCUGGGACCAAGAUCGGCUGAUUUAAUACAUCUUGGUGCCAAGUACUCGCCGUGUAUGCACACUGACGCUAGAGUUUUGCAAGCAAUAUUGAAUGAUAAAGAGUAUGAGAAUACCACGGGGUGCUGUAUAAAAAAUGAUAAAGCUGGUUGUGUACAGACUACACAGGCUUUUUGUUCAGAAACAUUUGCAGUGUUUGAAAAGUGGUCUGAUACAAAUCCAGGUCCACAAGGAAGGACAUCGGGAGCUGUAUGUGGUCAAGAUCCAAGAGCCUGCACGACUCCAGCCAGUGUUCUCCCACACGAAUGGCCCGAUGACAUCACAAAAUGGCCGAUUUGUCGGAAAACUGCACAAUCUAGUCUAGAUCACAUGAAGUGUGAAAUGUCUGGGCAUCCCUGCUGUGUAGGGAUACAAGGUGAAUGUCAGAUUCAUACAAGAGAAUACUGUGAUUUUGUCAGUGGAUUUUUCCAUGAGGAAGCCACGCUAUGCUCGCAGGUGGAUUGCAUUGACAAUAUCUGUGGUCUUAUCCGGCCUCGUCAUCCUAAAUAUCCCGAUCAGUUUUACAGAUUAUGGCUUUCUCUGUUUCUACAUGCUGGACUGCUUCACCUUGCUUUAACUGUGGUAUUCCAAAUGACUAUAUUAAGAGAUUUAGAGAAAUUAGCUGGCUGGUUGCGGAUAUCGUUGAUUUACAUGAUGAGCGGAGUUGCUGGGAAUUUGCUUAGUGCUAUAUUUAUACCAUACAGAGCAGAGGUUGGUCCAGCAGCUUCCUUAUUUGGUAUACUAGCCUGCUUGAUUGUAGAAGUACUGCAGAGCUGGCAACUUUUAGAGAAACCAGGCAUAGCUCUCCUAAAGCUUCUAGGAAUUGUGGGUGUUCUACUGAUUCUAGGUCUUCUGCCGUGGAUAGAUAACUUUGCGGCGAUUGGCGGCUUUUGUUCGGGAAUCCUUCUCGCAUUUACUUUUCUUCCUUAUAUUUAUUUUGGUGAGUUUGACAAGACAAGAAAACGAAUUCAGAUUGGAGUUUGCUUAGGAUUAUACAUUUUGCUGAUGAUUUUAGGUUAUAUGGUAUUUUAUUUGUAUCCUGUUCUAGACUGUAGCUGGUGCUAUUAUUUCAAUUGUAUUCCGUUUACCGAUAAUUUCUGUGAUAAUAUGGAGAUGAAAUUGAAACCACGACAGUAUGAACUAGUCUAACUGCUGCAUUGUGGAUUAUUAUCUGUCAAUUAACUCAAUAAAUUUUGUACAUUCGUUUUGUUUUUUUAUUCAUACUUGGUACAUUCAUGAAUGAGUGCUGUCGCAACGCUAUCAUAUUUGUAUUCUUAAUGUCUUUGCACUUUCAAUGAUUGGUACGUACUCCACAGCCACAAUGUAGCACACAUUCAAAUUUUGUACGUAAUCAUCAGGACUCAUUAACGAACAUGACACGGUGCGACAUUUGUGACGCUUUAAUUCAAAGUGCUUGUGUACAUCAUUUCAUUGAACAUUGUACUUUUUUGUGCGAUUGACAAUAAAUCAUAAUCCAGAAGCUGCAACAUCAACAUUCACAUCUAGGUAUAUAUACAUACAUAUCGUACAAAAUAUGAUAUUCAUUCAGAAAUACACGUUUUCAGGAAAUAUAUCAAUAUAUUCAGUGAAACUGUUAAAUCAUAUCAAAUGAUUUUUGUACUUUUUCUCAGUUACUUGGGCAGUUAUUGUCUUUUAUAAACUCCUUUUUUUUUUAAUUGUCUUUGAGGCGCAUGCAUUCCAUGUCCAGUCAUGUAGAAAUUUUGUGAUAGCGCCCUCAUAGUAUGAAUUGUGUAGUUGUCUAUGUACAUAUUUGCUGCUUCCAUCUCGUAUGUUUAAAGUGUACACCCAAAUUACUCUGUGAAAUGAAGAAGAUAAUUGUGUUUAUAAAAAAAAAUCUUUAUUUGCAGUAAAUAAAGUUAUCAUGAAUAUUGUCUGUCAGUUCAUGUGU